AAAACAAUUGUUUGGCAUUUAUUGUUUCACUCUCACCUGCCUUCUCAUACGAGAGAGAAAACACAAAGUGCAUGCUUGAGGGCUGAUGCUUUCUUCUCUUCCCUCAUUCUGACUGCAAAGACUACUUUUUUUUUUGUGGGUUUUGAAUUUGGAAUAAUAACUCUAAAAAAAAGAGAAAAAAGUUCAUAAUUUUCGGCAUUUUCUGCCUAGUAAAGAAUACCCAAGUUGUUAACCAAGGGAAAAAAGUGUUCUUUUACUGAAGGGUUUUCGAGCUUCAUCAACAGCUGUGCCAUGGAUUCCGAAAAAAUGUUGGAUCUCUACAUUCAAGAUUACCUGGUUAAGAAAAAGUAUAAGAAUUCCGCAAAAGCAUUUCAAAGUGAAGCCCAGCUACCCACAAAUUCAACCGCAAUUGAUGCUCCUGGUAGUUUCCUAUUUGAAUGGUGGUCGGUUUUCUGGGACGUGUUCAUCGCUAGAUACAAGGGUGCAGAGGCUGAUCAUGAGGCUUCGAUGGUGAGAGCAAAUGAGCAACUGCAACAACAGCGUCAGCAGUUGCGUUCUGAGCAACACUUGCUACAACAAUUGCAAUUUCAACUUCAUCGGCAGCAAGGGCAGCAUCUGCUGCAGCAAAAUCAUGGAGAUAAAGGACAGCUCCGACACGGCAUGGUUAGGAACAAUUUUCCCAGGCAAAUAUCUGCAGCUUACAGUUUGAACAAGGAAGACUCAAACCUUCAAAUUCAGAGGGAUAUCUUGCCAGAUAUGGAUCUCAGUAUAACAAGAAAGACUCCUUCAUUUGACACGAGGGCUUCAGGAUCAAAUCUAGCAGGGAGCACUUCUCCACUAAAGGGCUGGCCACUUGUGUCUCUCGGCUCUAAUCAGGGUCUUGAUCAGCUUCAGCCUGGAUUUUCCCAUCAGAGAAAAUAUCAAUCCGAACCUUAUGAACAUUCCCAGCUUCAGCUUCGUCAACAGAUAAGAUCGCUUCUAUCUGGUCACAGUUCUGAGGCAGAGAAUGCUCCAGUGGACAGGCGGUGGAAUUCUGUCAACAAUAAUUUGUCUAGUUUUGUUUCAGGUCAGGUUGGGCUCCCCAUUUCAUCCGGCGGAGAUACAUUUCUGCCGCACCUGCAGAAGAGCAACUGUAGUCAACUGCAAUCCAUGCAAGCUAUACCUCUUGGACCACUGUCAGAAAAUUCCAAUUAUCGAUCCCUACUGCUAGACAGAAUGGAUGAUGCCAGGAGCAGUCCAGGGGAUGUUUCUAUUUCAAACAGUUCUAGAGACCAUGAUCAGGCUUCCAAAACCCAGCCUUUGAAGAAAAGAAAGCUACCAAUACCAUUUGGAGCUAAAAUCUCAGGCACAUCAAAGCCCGUUACACCAACCCAGAUUUCGACACCCUCAACACCGUCAACACAUAUGACGAAUGAUAUGAUAUCAAUGUCUGCUUUGCCUUCUGAAGAUAAUUCUUCUAAGGCUGAUUUGGAUAUUGCUGUGAACAAGGAUUCUGUGGAGGAUGAUGUUGACUCUUUCUUAUCUUGUGACAAACUCAAAGCUGAAAGGAUAGUUACUGGAGAGUUGGAUGCAAUCCAAGAUAUAACAUUCUCAGAGAUCGCCACAAUAAAUGCAAAUAGGGUACAAUGUUGUGACCUAUCGAUGGAUGGGAAGGCUAUUGCCACUGGUGGAGAUGAUAACAAGGCUGUUUUGUGGUGCACAGAAUCAGGAAAAGAAAAGUUUAUAUUGGAACAUUCCGGUGCCGUAACAGAUAUUUGUUUUGGACCAAGGUUGCCUAGAAUUGCUACUUCAUCCCUUGAUAGGACUGUCAAGAUCUGGAAUGUCGCCGAUCCAGGAUGUCCUCUUCGAACUUUUGUUGGCCACAGUUCUGCAGUUUUGUCAUUGGAUUUUCACCCAAAGAAAGACGACAUUGUCUGCUCCAGUGAUGGUGCAAAUUCUAUCCGCUACUGGAGUAUCAAGAAUGGCGAUUGUACUGGAAUAUUAACGGGUCGUGCAACACAGGUGAGAUUUGAACCCACUUCUGGAAGACAUCUGGCUGCUUGUGUUGAAAAUGGAGUAUCCAUAAUUGAUGUUGAGACUAUGCAAACUUACAAGUACCCGCUGGAGGGCCAUGCAACAGAUGUUUUUUCAGUUUGUUGGAAUUCUAGUGGUGACUACAUAGCUUGUAUAAGUGAAGAUUCUAUCAAGGUCUGGAAAGUUGGUUCGUGGGGUCUGGAAAGUUGCAUCCGUGAAUUAAGCAUUCGCUACAAGCGGUUUCACUGUUGUAUUUUUCAUCCAUGCCGCUCUUCGUUGCUAGUCCUUGGUUCUAAUGAGUCUUUGGAGCUUUGGGACAUGGCUGAAAACAAAAUGGCUAGUGCAUUCAGACAACCGACAGUUAAUUUGGCAGCAUCUAAGCCCACCGGUUUGGUAGCUUCCGUAAGUGAUGGCAAUGUUAUCAAGCUCUGGAAGUGAUACUUUUCCAAAGUCCUUGCUCCAGAUUCGUAUACUUGGUAUUUUUGCAGCUGUCUAGUUUUUGAAGAGAACUAGUGAAUGGUAUAUUCAUCUAAGCUAAUGAUUCCCCAAGGUUUGGAAUGAGAAGAGUUGUACAUAUUGAGCAUAUAAACCAGAAUUACCUCACUAAUAUGGUAGGGCACUCCAGUUCCUUUUCCUAGAUCAAAUGUCCAUUUCAAUAUCACAGUUUGGAUUAGAAUUACUGACCUUUAUCGUUGUGAAAGUUUGAUUUCGAUAUAUUGUCUCUAGUCACUGUGAAAUAUACACUUACCAGAAGGACAUUUAAUAUCAUGACUUUGCUCUAUGGAGAAAUGUGAAUGUACAAUUUAUGCCAUUG